AUUUACUUUACGCCAACGUCCUCAUCUGCGUACCACAAUUGCUCGACCCUCCCAUCAGGCGCAGACACAGCACAUCUCUGGCGAAAGAGCGAGAUGACCUCUAUACCGUCCUUUCAGGCAUGCGCCCGCCUCGCAUCACGCCAAUCGUCUGCGCAAGCCAUCCUUUCAUCUUCGACCACCACCUGCUUGCGUCACAACACCAGAGCUGUAGCACGACGACAUGCACCUUCUGGGCGACCCUUCUCGUCCUCUCGGACAGCAAGAAAUCCUCCGCCUCCAGAAACACCAACGGGAAGAGCAGGACCGGCGUCUAAGAUCAGUGAUUUGGUCCGACAACUAAGGCCAACGAAAGACACAUCUCGAAGCGAGCAAUCCGUAGGCGACUCCAUGGACGCUCUAAUGGGCAAAACUCCACGAAGUCGAACGACGGGAGCCUUUGAAGACCUAAUGAGUCCAAGAGCUUCAUCCAGAAUGGUGGACAGAUUUUCGGAAGAAGUCCGCGCUCCAAGCUCUUCAAUUGCGCUACGAUUGAGGCCAACACUGGGACGAACCGUUGGUCAGUUCCGAGACGUCGGCGGUGCGUUCAGGGCGUUGGAGAGAAAAUGCGCAAACAACCACAUCAAAAAAGAUGCUAGAGACCAACUGUUUCAUGUGCGGAGAGGUCAGGCGAAGAAGGAUAUCAGAAGGUGGAGAUGGAGGCAGAUGUUCAGGGAUGGAUUUGUUGCAGAAUGUGAUAGGAUACGAAAGAUGAGGAAACAGGGUUGGUGAUACUUGCUUUGACGAAGGAACCUGGCCAGCAGUUGCUGUGUAAAAGGAGGGAAAGCGAGGUUUGCUUUGAGCGCUCCGGCUACAAGAAGGACGUUGAUG